GAUACCAGGAAGAACAGAUGAUCAGGAGGAGUUUCCCCGUUUUGCUUAAAAUCAAUGACCUACGUCUACGAAUUGAUCAUGCCCAAGUGAGCCCUCCUAAUCGCAGACGAUCUUUGAGCUCACCUGUCGCUAGGAUACUUUGCCCUCCUCUGCUGUCAUGCUAUUGGAGGAUGAGUGAUGGGGGAAGUGCGGCUCCGCUGGAAGUUUGUUACCUUCGUUCAAGAAAGGCAUCAAAAGUUAAAAACGGGGAGGAUCGCUGGGUUUUGAAGUUUAUGUGUGGUCUGUUUUUUAAAAAGUGAAUUUUUCCCGUGGUUUCAAGGAGUCCAUCCGUGUCGUGAUGGAGUUUGGUGAAGAGUCGUCGCCUGCUCUGGCCUUCGAGAAGAACGCCUUUGAGCUCACUGUCGAAGAUGUGUAUGACAUUUCCUACGUGAUCGGCCGAGAUUUGUUAAAAAUAAGCAGCACCGGUGAAGAAGUGUCGGAUUUACAGUUCAGGAUAGUCCGAGUCCUGGAGAUGUUUGAAACGCUGGUGAACAAGUACAAUCUUUCUGUAGAGGAGCUGAAAAUGGAGCGGGACAACCUGAAGGCAGAGCUGGACAGGAUCAUCAAGGAGGGCUCUUCCUCAUCCGGGCAGAGUGCUCAGACUGGAGCAAAUCAGCUGGUGGUGGACCUGAAUGACCCUAACAGACCACGCUUCACCAUGCAGGAGCUGAAGGAAGUCCUGCAGGAGAGGAACCAGCUGAAGGCUCAGCUCUUAGUGGCUCAAGAGGAGCUUGAGCUAUAUAAGAGUGGGAUUCUGCCUCAGUCUGAACCCGCCAUGGUUGAUGUAGAUCUGGAUCCACCAGCAGCCACAGAGAACAGCAGUUCAUCCACAAUAAAUGAGAAGACAACUAUAGGAAAACUAUUUUCUUUCAGGAGAAAAUGAAAGGAAUCUUUCAGAAGAUCUCAUCAUUUAAUGAGGCAAAUGGGAUUUAUCUGCACAAUUUCCAACCACUUUUGUAAUUAUUGUUUACAUAUAUGUCAGUCUAACAAUACUAUGCACUGUCAGUUUUAACCUAAGAUGAUUUUUGGUGUUAUAAUGCUACAGCAGCUGAACUAUGGAUUAUUUGUAGGUAACUUGGAGGAUAACUGGAAUGUAUUAUGUUUUUCUCUUUGUAUUUUUAAAAAUGCAUUUUUACUUAUCUAAAUUAAGCCUUGAAUAAUAAUGUUUAAUAAGUAAACAUCAAGACAUUAUGCAUAGAUCCUGGUAAAUAAAAGAUGGCCCCACCAAGCCACUGUUGUCACCAAAACAAUCUGGAUUUUAUUUGUUUAUGCUGGAUGUUGGGGGAUUUUUGUUAUUGGACUAUUGCUCCCACAUGAUGUGUGAUAUGUAAAGUGAAAAUAAAAGCAGGAUUGCUAAAUGUUGAAACCUUAAAAGUACAUUAUCUUACAAAAGUAUUCACACCUGGAUAGUGUGCACCUUGUGUCACUGAGAUUCCUUACUCAUUCUGGUUCUCAGCUCCCCAUACUUAGAAUCAACUACACACUGAUCUUCAACUGAAAGCUCUGUGGAGAUUAUUGCAGUCUGCCACAUUUGUGUGAUCAGUGUCUUUACUGUAGAUUGUAUUUCUUUAUUGGUUUUAUUAAUGUAAGUGUGCUGCUGCCUUCACGGCCAGGUCUCUUAUAAAAAGUUCAAUACUUUAAAUUCUUAUAUCAGCCCAUCAGUUUAGCUUAAAUAUAUACAAUUAGACUCAAAGGUUUUCAUACGCCUGAUAGCUUUAGACAUAGUCAUAUUUAAUAAAUUAGAACAUGCGUUCUGAUUAGACUCAUUUGUCAGAUUAAAAGUGCCUUUCUAAAAUGACAACCUUUAAGCAGGUAUGAAACAUACAUUUCACUAAGCCCACAUUUCUGCAUUAAAAAGUUUUUUGUAUUGAUCUGAUGUAUUUUAAUCUUAAAUGUCUUGUUUUCAUUAGCUGUAAGUGAAAAAUGAUAAUUCAGACAAAUACAGGCUUUAAACAUAAUUCUGUGUGUAAAUAGUCUAUAUAAUGUGUUUUACUUAAUGAAUUAUGUUACUGAAAUAAAUGAACAUUUCAGUAAUAUAAAGUAUUGAAUAUGACUGUAAAUUAUUUCCAAUCAACCAAUAAGUUUGUUUCUGGAAGUAAUGGGAUAGGCAGCUCUCCAAAGAUAUAGCAGUGUAAAAGGCGUAUUGAUUAAAGUUUUAGCUACAAUUUUAUUAAAAAGAAAAGCUCAAAAAAUAUAUACACCUCUGUCAAUAAUCAUUUGAAAACAUUCUUUGACAAUAAAGUAAUCAAACCCUCCAA